AAGAAUUCAAGAUGGUCUCUUUCCGGGAUGACUGCCCUUGUCACUGGAGGCACUCGCGGAAUCGGGCGCGCAAUAGUUGAAGAACUCGCGGAAUUGGGCGCUAGUGUAUACACCUGUUCCAGAACGGAAGAAGAGCUGAACCAGAGCUUGCAGCAUUGGGCUUCUAAAGGCCUCAAAGUAUCUGGUUCCGUCUGCAAUGCAUCGUCCAAAGAUCAGAGGUUGCUCCUCUUGCAGAAUGUUUCGUCUGCCUUCAACGGAAAGCUCAAUAUUCUGAUUAACAAUGUCGGUACAAAUAUCCGGAAGCCGACAGCUGAGUAUACUUCAGAAGACUAUUCUCAUAUCAUGGCUACAAACUUGGAAUCCUCUUACCAUCUGACUCAACUUGCUUACCCUCUCUUGAAAGCAUCUGCUGUUGGAUCCAUUGUCUUUAUUUCCUCUGUUGCUGGCUUGGAACACAUAUCUUCUGGAUCAAUUUAUGGAGCCUCCAAAGGAGCUAUAAAUCAACUAACAAAGAAUUUGGCUUGUGAGUGGGCAAAAGACAACAUCAGGGUCAAUGCUGUGGCCCCUUGGUAUAUCAAGACCUCACUUGUGGAUCAUUUGCUUGCUAACCAAGAGUUUUUGGGGAAGGUCAUAUCAAGAACGCCCCUAAGACGGCCAGGGAAUCCCGAAGAGGUUUCUUCAGUGGUUGCUUUCCUUUGCCUUCCUUCAGCUUCUUACGUGACCGGGCAGGUCAUUGCAGUUGAUGGUGGUUUCACAGUGAAUGGUUUUGAAAGUUAGAAGUUUGUUUGUAUAUUCAACUUUUCAACCACUAUUUCUUUGGUUGCAUGUUACGUACCAGAUUUUAGGAAGAUAAUAAAGAUAAUAAUAGAUGAAGGGGAAAGUUGUUUGGCAUGUAAAGCACCUAUUUUAUCUCCUUUUCCCACUUCUGUUCUCUUUGAUUGUAUUUUAAUGCCGUGAUGCUGGUAAUCUGACAUUUUGGUCUAAAUUCGGUAAACCCACUUUCCUGCCACCACAGCAUUCGGGUGUAAAACUGUAGAUGGAAAUAAAGUAAAUUUACUCUCUAGUUCUAUUUGUAUAAUAUGGAGUAUAAUAUUAAAGAAAAUAAGGUAAAAUUUCUC